AUGGUGUUCCCGCACCUCACCGCCGUGGCGCAAAAGCACGCCGCGAAGGGCCUGGUGGUCGUCGGCAUCACACAGGAGACAGACACGCCACAACUGCGGGGCUUCGUCAGCGGGCAGGGGGACAAGAUGGGCUACAGCGUCGCGAGCAGCGAGCAGGCCAUGAUGACGCUGGGCACGUUCGCGUCCAUCGGCGGCAUCCCGCACGCCAUCGUGGUGGACCGCACAGGCACGGUGCUUUACUCGGGGCACCCGAUGCAGCCAGGGUUCGAGCAGGCCGUGGAGCAGGCGUGCGCGAGGGGGCCCGUGACCGAGACGCGCGAGGAGCUGAGCGCGAUGGGGGUUGCGGCGCUGAAGAAGAUCUUGCGGGAUCGCGGGGUGGGGUUUGGGGAUCUGCUCGAGAAGAGCGAGUUCGUGGAGCGGAUCCUCGAACGCUGCACGUGA